GUCGGCCCCCCGGGAAAAUGUCCGGUAUGCCCGAUUACCAAUCCAGCCCUGAGACUGACCCAAGAUCUCUCACUGCCAAGAUAUCGCCAGUAAACAUGAUUAUGGUUUAUCUAGAUUCAUCUGUCUAUGCAAGAGUAUGAACUGUUUAUUGUAUAAAACAAGGGUCAUAAACUUCAGUUAAACAACCAAUACAAGAUAAGGUUACAUUAGUGUUUAUUUUCUGGCAGCUUUGUUUGUCAGCCCUUUGUCCUGGUGUUCAGAACAUUACUGUGAAACAUAAUGUCAAAAGCUCUGGCAGAUCUGGCUAACAAACUGGUAUGAAGUAGAAAGUAUGAAGACAGCAUGGAAAUCUACUGGUUUGUGGUCUAUAUUGCGACACAAGGAGGAACUAUUCUGCUGCGUGUGACCAGAGAAAGGGGGCAGGGCUCGAUUCUAACUUGAUAACCCUGCAGCCUGCUGUAUCCACACAGGAAUGCCUUUCUGUUUCUACAAGUGACAUCUCAACAAACACAGCAAAAAGGAAACACUAAAAGUAAGCAAAAAAGUCAUUCUGCAUUCAUAGAGACAGUGGGCAUCAUGACCUCCAACCAACCCAGACCAAGAACCCGCCUGAGCCUCCGCUCAAACUCUGUACAUUAUGACUCCUUGAGCACUGAGCAACCAGACAGUGAUACACCCUUCAUGCGAACAAACCCCAUCUCUCAGAAACGCUCCUACAUCGCAGUGGCAGUGCUCUGCUAUAUCAAUCUCCUCAACUAUAUGGACCGUUAUACUAUAGCAGGUGUGCUGCUUAGCAUCCAGAAUUACUUUGGAAUCCCUGACAGCACAUCUGGCCUCCUACAGACAGUUUUUAUCUGUAGCUUUAUGUUCUUGGCGCCAAUUUUUGGUUACCUCGGAGAUCGCUAUAACAGGAAGAUUAUCAUGAUCGCUGGGAUGAUUGUGUGGAUCAUCACAACACUAGGGAGCUCUUUUGUCAAAAAAUCGGACUUCUGGGUUCUGGUCCUGACAAGGGCCUUGGUUGGGACAGGAGAGGCCAGUUACUCCACCAUAGCACCUACUAUCAUUGGUGACUUGUUCACUGGCACCAAGAGAACGCUCAUGAUCUCCUUCUUCUACAUCUUCAUACCGGUUGGAAGUGGUCUUGGAUACAUUCUGGGGGCAACUAUAGCUAAUGCAACAGGGGACUGGCGUUGGGCCCUGAGGUUCAGUCCAGCUCUAGGAGGCCUGGGUCUGCUGCUACUGGUGUUUCUGAUUCCUGAUCCUCCUCGUGGAGCCUCUGAAAACAAAGGAGGAGCAACCAUGGAAAGGACCACUUAUAUUGAGGACGUGAAGUACCUCCUGAAGAAUCGGAGUUUUGUCUGGUCGUCUCUUGGAGUGACUGCUAUGGCUUUUGUCACAGGGGCUCUGGCCUUCUGGACCCCCACCUUCCUGUCUCGUGCACAGGUUACACAGGGUCUCAGACCACCGUGCAAAGAAGAGCCCUGUAACCCAUUAGACAGUUACAUCUUUGGAGCAAUCACAGUGGUGACGGGGAUUGUGGGAGUGUUUCUGGGCACCUACAUAUCAAAGCAGCUGAGAGACAGACUGCCCAACGCAGAUCCUCUCAUAUGUGCUGUUGGCAUGCUCAGUUCCUCCCCCUGCUUUUUUAUUGCCAUCAUCCUGGCGGCCACCAGCAUCCCGGCCACAUACACAUUCAUUGCUAUUGGAGAGACUUUGCUGUCGCUCAACUGGGCUAUUCUGGCGGACAUUCUGCUGUAUGUUGUUGUGCCUACUAGAAGAGCGACAGCUGAAGCCUUACAGAUUAUGGUCUGUCAUCUCCUUGGAGAUGCAGGAAGUCCAUACCUUAUUGGUGCGAUCUCAGAUGCUCUGCUCAAGUAUGAUCAAGAAUCUCCCCACUGGGAUUUCCGUAGACUGGAAUAUAGCAUACUUUUGUGCCCCAUAAUUGGAAUUCUGGGAGGCGUGUUUUUUUUUAUGACCUCUCUGUAUAUCAAAGAGGACAGGAAAGCAGCAGAACUGCUCAAUUCAGGACAAGCUCCUGAUCCACUAGAGACAACUACAGAGUCAGUGUGACCUUUUAAACACCAACCAAGACCUCAGAUGAGCUUUGCUGCAUCAAACAGACACUUGUGAAUGAAUUAGAUGAGACAUGGAUUAAUGGACAGAUUUUUAGAAUUUUUGAGUAUACAUUUCUUACUAACAUUUUUCAUUUUUCAAAUCUUACUAACAUUUUUCAGUUAGUGAUGCCUUACACUUGUGACUUAUCAUUGUCUUGAACAUUUUCCAUAUGGUAAAAUAAACUGCCUCUAUGAUUUUUUAGAUAUAUUUUUGUAAUUUGUACACAUUUAUGUUUUUAAAAAAGUUAUUUGGAGCUUUCGUCCUGCUUUCUUCUCUCGGCAGCUGCGCACUACUAAUUAGAACCUCAGGGGAACAAGGGGGAGAACAUCCCCUUCUGGACUGAAAAAACCUUGAAAAACUGUAUUUAUCAAAUUAGUCCCCCGGUGUACAGACUGAGACCGGAAAUGUGUAGCAAAUGAACAGGCUAUUUAAAUUAUAAAAAAGUCAUUAUUAUUUGUAUUGUACUGUUUUAUUUUAUCGUAUUGUUUAUCAUUCCUUUUUUGUACAAAAAGCAUUUGAAUAAAUGCAUAUGCUUUUUA